AUGGGUCAAGGUGGUUACUUUACGUUGGUCAAUGGGACGCAGUACACAUGGAGGCUGGACCCCAAUGCCAUGAACACCAAGCAAGUGAUUGCAUGGAACUUCCCGGAACAUUUGCCGCCAGGUCAAACUGCCGAAAUCUAUCUCCAACUCGAUCAGGGUUGGUUCGUCAACAAGAGCGAAACCCAACUGCGGCGCAUCUACCACCUCGAGGGCACAAGAGGAUGUUCCUUUCAGAUUAUGGUCACUGACGCACCGUCGGCCAUCCGCGUGACCUUGAACGGCUUCUCAACUCCCGGCCACCCCAUCGGGAACGAGUUCGACCUUGGCUGGGAGCACGACGCGACAGUGCGCUUCAUCCUGUCGGGCACCGAAGGCUACUUCUCCUCCAACAGCGGCCCCAUCGACUGGAUGCAACAAAACCUCCGGAAGCUCGGAAACCGGCCUCUGUCGCAGCUCUGCAUCCCGGGCACCCGCAACGCAGGCAUAUCCACGCUCGACCAGCGGCCCGAGUCCGUCAUCGCCCCCAUGCUUCUGUGCCAAUCCAGCCCGGUGCACAAGCAGCUCCUCGACGGGUCGCGCUACCUAGACAUCCGGCCCGUCAUCGGCGGCGGCGCGCUCUGGACGGGCCACUACAACCAGGUGAAGGGGCUGGACUCGCUCUGGAUCGGGGACCGCGGCCAGAGCCUCCGGUCCAUCGUCGACGACAUCAACCGCUUCACCGCGGUGAGCAAGGAGCUCGUCAUCGUCAACCUCUCGCACGCCAUCAACACGGACGUGGGCGCGACCAACUACCGGCCGCUCGACCAGGGGGAGUGGAACCGAGUGCUCGAGGAGUUCGGCCGCGUCCACGACCGCUUCGUCGUGCCCGUGGCGAGCGAGGCGGCCGGCCUCACCAAGCAGCCGCUGCAUCACUUCAUCGGGCCGGGUCGGGCAGCCGUCAUCAUCGUGGUCGAGGACGGGGGCGUGGCGCUGGGCGGGUAUCAGCACCAGGGCUUCUUCACCGCGGCCGAGGUCGGCGUCAACAGGCUCAACUCGGACCGCGACGACUGCGCGGCCAUGACGCGCGAGCAGCUGCAGAAGCUGGACACGCUCGACUCGGCGUCGGACCCGCGGCUGUUCCUCUUGUCGUGGACGCUGACGCCGCAGACGGCGAACCUGUCGUUUUCCAACGACUGGGAGUUUGUGUGGAACGGGUCCGAGUCGACCAAGUGCGUGAAGACGCUGGCGUACUCGGCGAACAAGGCGCUGUUUUUGGAGUGUCUGCCGCAUUGCCAUGGCCGGAACAUACCGAAUGUUGUCUAUGUGGAUUACUUGGAUGGAACCGACUUUGCGGCGCUGGCCAUGGCAGUGAAUGAUCGGUGCUUCCCCUUUAUGAUGUCGAAGCUGUGA